AUGGAUUCGGUGCCGCCGCCGGAUCUAUCUGUCUGUUCUGAUGAGGAGAAGGAGAUCGGUAUCAUAAGGGAGGAAGCAGAUCGUGUAGAGGUCAAAAAAUCGGAGGAACUAAGUUGGGUUUCGGUGGCUCAGGAGAAGAAGCGAUUGAAGAAACACGAUGUUGAGGUGAAGAAUAAGGACGGGAAGCAAAUAGUGGAGAUCCCAGAUUCGAUUCUCGCAAGUCCAACACCUUUGUGGGAAGACUUUGUGGUAGGAAAAUUUCUGGAUCUUGCUCCUCAUGUUGCUAAAGUACAUAUGGUUCUAAACAAGAUAUGGAAGUAUGGUGAUGAAGCUGCUAAGGUGGAAGUGUAUGAGGUUAAUGAUAUGGUGAUGCGAUUUAAGGUUCCUAAUCCAAAAAUUCGGGAGAAAAUUGUCCGUAGAGGCAUGUGGAACAUUGUUGGUGUGCCAAUGAUUGUCUCCGAAUGGACUCCAACAAGUGAGGAGGAGAAGAAGGAAGAUGAUGCUAUACCAAUGUGGGUUCAUUUGGAGAAAGUUCCAUUGCAUAUGUUCUCGUGGGAGGCUCUCAGUUUCAUUACAAGUGCGGUUGGAUAUCCUGUGAAGCUUCACCCAGAGACAGUGUCUUGUACAAAUUUAGAUGUGGCUAAAGUUUUUGUGAAGGUGGAUGUUUCUAAAGUGUUACCUAAAGAGAUAACAUUCGCAAAAGAGGGGAAAGAGUUUACAGUCAAGUUCUACUAUCCUUGGUUACCUUCAAGAUGUGAUAAAUGUGAUAAAUGGGGACAUGUUGGUAACGUUUGUGGGGUGAGAAGUAAGAAACAAUCUCCAAAGCAGAGAAAGGAGGAGGAGAUUCGAAUGGAAGAGAAAGUUGAAAAAGAGGGCAUUGAUCAGUUGCAAAUGGAGGGUGAUAAGGAAGUGGAAAAAAUGGAAGCAGAGAGAGAUAAGGAAGAGAUGGAGAAGGUGGAUGAAUCUUGGUCGUUGGUAACUCCAACAAAAACGGGAAGAACUCAAACUCCAAUUCUUCAGAAGAAUAUCGAGAAGAUCGUGAUCUCAGCAUCUAAAUUCUCAGUUCUUCAUGUGGAAGAAGAGGAGGAAGGAGAGAUACUUGAAGAAGAGGGGAAAAAUUUGGAAGAGGAAGUUUAUGAAGUUGCUGUUCAGACAACAGAAGAGGAUCUAUUGGAAGAUAGUCUAUUAGAGCAGCAAGAAAAAGAGAAAACUAAAGGAAUAACGAAGAGAGGAAGGAAAGCUCAGAAGCCUAAAGCUCAGGAUGCAAAUCCGAAGAGUAUAAGGGUGAAGGAAAGGAAGUCUAUGGAUAUUAUGAAUUCGGUGUUUAGUAGUUGGUCAUCUAUGGCAAACUAUGAACAUAGUAAUGGUGGGCGUAUCUGGUUAUUAUGGAGGGAGUCGGUGUGUAUGACUCGAGUUUACAAAACGGAUCAAAUGAUAACUUGUUCAGUUGGGUUGAAAGAGGGGCAUGAGUUCUUCUGCACUUUCAUUUAUGCGAGUAAUGCAAUAGAAGAAAGAAAGGAGCUGUGGGAGGAUUUGUGUCAUCAUAAGAACUCCAUGAUGUUUCACAAUAAAGCAUGGAUUGUAAUGGGAGACUUUAAUGAAGUUUUGGAUGUUGCAGAAAGUUCAGUGGCUGAUGAAAGAGGAAGAAUUUCUAGAGGUAUGAGAGAUUUUCAGAGAGCUGUUCUCCAUUGUAAUCUAACGGAUAUGGGGUAUCAGGGUCCUCUCUUUUCAUGGUGUAAUAAAAGAGAAGAAGGAGUCAUAUGCAAGAAACUGGAUAGAGUGCUCAUUAAUGAUGUGGCUCAGAAUAAGUUUCCUAACGCUUUCUCUGUAUUCGAAGCUGGUGGAUGCUCUGAUCAUCUCAGGUGCAGAGUCCAAGUAGAGUCUACAAAUGAAAGAUUAAGGAAGCCGUUCAAGUAUAUCAAUGUGAUAGGGAAACUGCAAGAGUUUCUUCCACUGGUAAAGGAAUAUUGGGAUUCAACUCCUAAACUGUUUCACUCCACUUCUGCUUUAUUUAGGCUGUCGAAGAAGUUGAAGAAUUUAAAGCCUAUUAUAAGGGAGUUGGGUAGAAACAGACUUGGAAAUCUAACCAAGGGAGCUGCAGAGGCGUACAAAGUUUUAUGUGAGAAGCAAGAAAAUACGCUUUUGAAUCCAUGUGAAGUAUCAGUUCAAGAGGAAGCUGAAGCUUAUGGGAACUGGUUGCAUAUUGCGGGGCUGGAGGAAGAUUUUCUAAAGCAGAGAUCGAAACUUCACUGGUUAGAAGUGGGAGACCAGAACAACAAGACGUUUUAUAGUGCUAUUAAGACUCGACAGGCUCAGAAUUCUAUUAAAGAAAUCAGAUGUCCAAAUGGUGUCACGGUCACGACUCAGGAGGAGAUAAAAACUGAAGCUGAAAGAUUUUUCUCAGAUUUCUUAAAUAAAAUUCCGGAUAAUUUUCAAGGUGCUACUGAGGAGGAGUUGAGUAAUUUGAUGGAUUUCAGAUACACAGCAGAGGAAAGUAACAAGUUAGAAAGUGAAGUUUCAGCAGAGGAGAUUCGCAAAGUGCUAUUUGAUAUGCCUUCUAACAAGUCUCCUGGUCCUGAUGGAUAUCCAUGUGAGUUCUUCAAAGCUGCCUGGUCCAUUCUGUCGGAGGACUUCAUUGUAGCUGUUCAGUCGGUUUUUAAAUAUGGCUUCCUUCCUAAAGGUAUCAACUCAACGAUUCUAGCUUUAAUACCGAAGAAGGCAGACUCUAUGGAAAUGAGAGAUUUUCGACCCAUCGCUUGUUGUAACGUGCUUUACAAAGUGGUGUCGAAGAUUUUGGCUAAUAGAUUGAAGUUGAUACUGCCUCGUAUGAUAACUGAUAAUCAGUAUGCGUUUGUUCAAGGAAGAUUGUUGAUGGAGAAUGUUCUUCUUGCAUCGGCAUUGGUUAAGGAUUAUCAUAAGGAAGCUAUAUCACCUAGAUGCUUGAUGAAAAUAGACAUCUCUAAAGCAUUUGAUUCAGUUCAAUGGAGUUUUGUUCUGAAGAGUAUGGCGGCUUUAGGAAUCCCAGAGAAGUUUAUUCAGUGGAUAAGACUCUGCAUUACUACUCCUUCUUUCUCGGUGCAAAUUAAUGGUGAAUUGGCAGGCUACUUUCAGAGUAAGAGAGGAACUAAAGAAUCUAUUGAAGGUGCUCUAAAGGUUUUUGAUGAGUUUGCUCACUGGUCGGGUCUAGCUAUCAGUAUUGAAAAAUCAACAGUCUAUAUGGCGGGUAUUUCAAAUGAAGAAAGAAACAGUAUUCUUGUGAAUUUUCCCUUUGCUGAAGGUACUCUUCCAGUGCGUUAUCUUGGUCUUCCUCUUAUGUCUCAGUCCAUGAGAAGGCAGGACUAUGCUCCUCUGGUCGAGAAGAUAAGAAAGCUUAAAAAUACGGGGGCUAAAGUUGCAUGGAUUGAUGUUUGCAAGUUAAAGAGUGAAGGAGGGCUUGGUAUCAGAAACAUUAAGGAAGUGAAUUUGGUUUAUGGGAUGAAGCUUAUUUGGAGACUGAUAUCGGGAGAUUCAUUAUGGGAGAGAUGGAUCAGAGAUAAUCUCUUGAAAGGGAAAAGUUUUUGGCAAGUCAAAAUUAACCCUCAGAAUGGCUCAUGGAUGUGGCGUAAGAUCUUGAAGCUUAGAGAGAUUGCGAAGAGUUCCUACAGGAAAGAAGUGGGUAAUGUAAGGCAAAUAUCAUUUUGGUAUGAUAACUGGUCUGAGAAAGGAGUGUUGAUUGAUCGGCUGGGUAACCAUGGGAUGAUUAAUAUGGGUAUUGGUAGUGAAGCUACUUUGGAGGAAGUUGUUUUAAGAACAAGACGUAGGAGACGACGACACAGAAUAGAGGACUUAAAUGAUAUUGAAGAGGAGUUGACCAGAAUCAAAUUGAGAAUGAGAAGUGAUAUGGAGGAUGUUGUCUUAUGGAGAAGGAAAUCUGGUUAUAAAGCGACCUUUUCAACUCAGGAUACAUGGCUGUUAACUCGUGAGGCUAAGCAGACUUGUAACUGGGCGAAAGGUGUAUGGUUCUCUCAAGCUACACCAAAGUAUGCGUUCUUGAGUUGGCUUGCUUUAUUAAACAGGUUAUCAACUAUGGAUAGGGUGUCAAGAUGGGGCCAGAACAUCGACGCUACUUGUGUUCUUUGUAAAGGAGCUGUUGAGACAAGAUACCAUCUUUUCUAUGAGUGCUCGUACUCAAGCCAAAUCUGGGGAUAUCUCACUAAGGGGAUUUUGAGAAGUGGUUAUACGAAUGUGUGGUCAGAGAUUGUCGACUUGAUCAUAGAUGGUAUAAGAGAGAAGAAAAGCUUGUUAUGUGUCCGUUAUGCUUUUCAGGCUAGUAUACAUGCUCUGUGGAGAGAGAGAAACAAGAUUAGACAUGGUGAUAAGCCUCUUCCUUUGUCAAAGUUGAAGAAAUAUAUUGACAAAGGAGUACGUAACAAGCUGAGUCUGAUCAAAACAAAUGGAGUCAAGGGAAGGGAGUAUCUAUUGCAAUAUUGGUUUGCAACAAGAUUGUAA